AUGCUGAGGAAAUGUCCUUUGAAGCUGACAAAAGAAGAAAAUAAGGGCUUUCACUACUACAAGCCCGGAGACUACCUGAUCACUGGAAUAACAUCUAAAAUAUUUUCUGUAUAUUACCCUUAUGAUUUCUCCAAGUCACCGACUCACAAAUUGAAAAGUAUGAAGACGAGCUUCUUCCACAUCCUGUCCUUCCUCUUUGCUGUUCAUGAAAUCAACCACAAUCCAAAGCUCUUACCCAACAUCACCUUGGGCUACAGCAUCUAUCAGACUUUUUUCAAUGCAAGGAUAACCUAUGAGGCCAUGAUGGACCUGCUAUCUACAGGGCAGGAGAACGUCCCAAACUACAGUUGUGGAAGACAAAAGAACCUGCUGGCAGUUCUUGAAGAGAUGGAUUCCGAACUCUUUGAUCAUAUUUCUACUUUCUUGGGCCUCUACAAAAUUCCACAGAUCAACUAUGGUGUUAUCAGCCACAUUCCUGAGCAAAAUCAUCGUUUUCCUUUUUUCUACCGGAUGACCCCAAAACAAGAACCUCCUUACUCAGCCAUUGUCCAGCUGCUCCUGCAUUUCCGAUGGACGUGGAUCGGCCUCCUUUCUCAGGACAAUGAAAGAGGAGAAAACUUUAAAAGAAGCUUGGAAACUCUAGCUACAAAGAGAAGGACACAAUAUUACAACUACAAUUUAUAUGCCCUCACUGUCGAACAGUUUGGAAAGAAAGUGUUCCAAUGUUUCUAUGCAAAGCCUGUGCUUUCUAAGAAAGUUUGGGAAAGAUGCACAGAAAAAGUAAGCCAGGAACUUCCACCCCAUGAUGUGGUUGCAAGAGUCCUGUCUGAGGAUGGCUCCAGUAUUUCCAAAGCAACACAAGCUGUGGCCUCAGUCUUCAAUGCUGUCUCUUCUUCCCAAAUGAGCAAGAAGAGUAUGCAUGUUGGAAACAAUCAGUCACCCCAGAUUGUACAGCCAUGGCAGCUUCAUCAAUUCAUGAGAAACUUCCAACUUCACAAUGUUUCCAGGGAUGGGGUUUAUUUGGAUGAAAAUGGAGUUCCUGCUGCUGACUUUGAUAUCAUACACUGGACAGUUUUUCCCAACAAGUCGACUGCUGGGGUGAAAGUUGGGAGUGUAGAAAGAGAAGCCUCCUCGGAAGUCAAGGUCUCUAUCAAUCAGGGUGCCAUCCAAUGGCCAACAUCAUUUAACAAGAUGAUGCCUUCUUCUAGAUGUUCAGAAAGUUGUUACCCAGGAUAUGCCAAGCUCUUAAGAGAGGGAGCACCAAUUUGUUGCUAUGACUGUUCUCUGUGUAUGGAAGGAACAUUUUCUAUACAAGAAGAUGCAGCCCAUUGUGAAAAGUGUCCAGAUGAUCAGUAUUCCAAUAAGAAGAGAGAUCAAUGUGUCCCCAAGGUUAUAACUUUCCUGUCCUAUAAAGAAAAUUUGGGUCUCAUCCUGGCUCUCUUUGCCAUUUCCUUAUCCAUAACUACUGCCUUUGUUCUGGGAAUCUUCAUUAAGUACCGAGAAACCUCCUUGGUAAAAGCCAAUAAUCGGGACCUCACCUACGUUCUCUUGAUCUCCCUCCUGCUUUCAUUUUUGACCUCUCUCCUAUUCAUUGGCUGCCCCAACACAGUGACCUGCCUUCUUCGACAAACCUCCUUUAGCAUUGUUUUCUCAGUUGCCGUGUCUUCCUUACUGGCCAAGACUGUCAUGGUGGUGGUGGCAUUUCUGACCACAAAACCAGGCAGCAGGAUGAAAAAAUGGCUGGGGAAGAGUCUGUCCAAUUCAAUUGUCUUGUCCUGUUCUGGGGUUCAGGUGAGCAUCUGCCUUAUAUGGCUGGGAAAUGCCCCCCCAUUUGCUGACUCUGACCUACAUUCCCAACCAGGUCAGAUCAUUCUACAGUGUAAUGAAGGCUCUGUUGCCAUGUUCUACAAUGCCCUUGGCUACAUGGGCUUUCUGGCUAUCAUCUGCUUCAUAGUGGCUUUCUUAGCCAGAAAACUCCCAGGGACAUUCAACGAAGCCAAGUGGAUCACUUUCAGCAUGCUGGUUUUCUGCAGUGUUUGGAUCUCCUUUGUCCCCACUUACCUGAGCACCAAAGGGAAAUACAUGGUAGCUGUGCAGAUCUUCUCCAUCUUGGCCUCCAGCCUGGGUUUAAUGGGCUGCAUUUUUAUCCCCAAAUGCUUCAUUAUUAUCCUGAGACCUGACAUGAAUACCAAGAGGCAUCUAAUAAUGAGAAACUAG